AUGCCCGCUAUCCACAGCCCGGGCACCCGUCGCCUUUACAGCCCCUACAAGACGAGGUCCCCCCGCAAGACUCGCCCCGAACCUUCCACCUCCAAGCUUUAUGUUGUCUCCGGAGGUCGCAUCGUGAAGCCUAUACUCAAGAAGAAACAACAGUCUCAAGCACACGUCGGCGACUACGAACUCUCCUGGGACUUCUCCGAGCCCGAAGACGGGCGACGCCAGAGAAUCAACUUUAUCCAACCAUACAAAAGCACCUCACCCUGGGUCCUCCAUAAUAUCUUAAACACAUUCCCACUUUCCUUGAACGAAGCUGGCUCACCCUCAUGGGAGUUCUACGACCCUUCUACGGUUGAUGACGCGAUGCAAGUGUCCACAUCCCACAUCCACGCAAUUUUCUCGAUAGAGGUCAAGAAAGUCACCAUCGCGCCAUGGUGGUAUAGGUACUUCCAUGUAGGAGUGCGCUGUGCACCCGGAGACGAGAACAAGCCUCUCAUCCAUACCCCUACCCCAUCAUACCAGCGCAGAAGACCCAAACCUCGCACCCCAUGCGUGAACAAAUUCGCCAGGGAGCUCGCCUCGGAAUCCACACGCUCAACACAGGACACUGUCAUCGACGAGCUCACUUACUAUUGCAUCGCCCAUGCCAGUACCCUCAGGGACCCUGAAGGUGCCCCUUCCUCUUGGACCCCCACCAUCCGUUUCGAUCCCUCUGUCCAGGGAGUAGGGAUGUAUAAAGAUGGUGACCCCCACGACCCUGUAUACGCACUCGUCCAGUGGAUGUGUCGCCUAUACCAUGCGUUCUACAGCACUUCCAGGUUACGGAAAACCGCCGGCGCCUUCCUUCAGCGCGUCGUAUGUGUCGCGGUUGGCACCUUCCUCGCUUCCUGGGACAAGCGAUGCUUCCACUCCGUAGUCAACAUCCCUUCUGAAGACUACGUGGCCUCGGCCCUCGCGCUCUGCAAGUUCCUCGGAGCCUGUGCAAACUACAACCUCCUCAGCCCAUAUACCGUCCAAGCCUGCACCCGGAUCCUUAUGAACCAAGCCUCCUCCACUGAACACAUCCAAGGGAUAUUCCACAUCCUCGACUACGCUGGUUGGGGACUUUGGUGUCCAAACACCGAGCGGAGUGCGAGUGUGCCUCAGAAGAGUCCCCAGGAGGCAGUUGGGUCAUGGACGGCAACAGGACAAUCCCAACCCGGAACGAUUGGGAACGUCGGGGAGUUUUGGGCACGGCUUUGUAACGUUGGUGUAGCGGGUGUGAAACCUCCGAAUAGGUCUUUGCUUGGGAGCGCUGGAGGUGCAAGUGGCAAAGAUGCAAGAGGAUGGUCAGAGGAGAUCUUUCGCCUUUUAGGUGCCCUCAUGAAUGUCCCUCGAAGCGCCACCGCCCCAACUGCGUAA